AUGUCUGCAGCAGUCUCAGCGCGGCUGACAGCGCUCCAAGCGGCGCCAUCGCUCGAGACGGCCCGCAACGACGCUCGCUCGCAACUCUCAUCGUCACUGCCGGCGCCUCUCGUGCCGUCGCAGCUGGGCGAGCACCUGGCACGGUUACUAGAGCAGCAGCGGGCUCAGGCGACGCGGCUUGAGGGCGAACUCGCGGUGUCGCGGGAGAAGGACGACCAGCUCUUGAGCGCGGCGAGGGACAGGGUGCAGCAGGUCAGGGAGCGGACAGAGCGUCUCAAGGCUGAAUACGCAGGGACGGAUCAUGGUCUGCGUACCGUGCGGGACAAGCUUGUAUCGGGUCUCGAGGUAAAGGACGAGGGCACGGACGGUUUAACGCUUCGCGAACGGCUCGUUGUGCUGUCGCAGCGGCGGAAGGAGCUCGAAGCGGCGAAGAAAUGGUUCGGAGCGAUCGUAAAGGCCGAGGACCUCGGAUUGACCGUCUUGCGUUCGCUCGACACUGGUUCGCUUCCUCAAGCCUUCCGCGCCUAUGUCAGCCUUAUCGAGUACAUCAAGACUAUACAUCAGGCGUCGGAGUCAAGCAAGGCUGCGACGCCGAACGGAGCGGCGGGCAUGGUUGCCCUGACCUCGCACCUUGUCGGCAUGGCCAACUCUGUCUGGAACUCGCUCGUACGCGUGCUGUCGAGCCGCCUGCUCAGCAAGCUCGAAUCGCUUGGCUGGCCUCGGCCUUUCGCCGAACCGCUCGACCCGUACGAGGACCCCCGCGUGGCCGAGUUCCAGACGGCAUUCGUCGACCUGCUCACGCUGGAACAUCUGCAAGCGAACAAUCCGAUUCCCGGACCGUCCAAGAGCGCCGUUCCAAGCUCGUCAAAACCCAAGCCGCUGCUCGCCCUCGGGCCGCUCGUCCACCCGCUCCUCCUGCGCUUCAAGUGGCAUUUUGAGGGAGAUCGCGGGACGAACCGGAUUGACAAGCCCGAAUACCCCUUGUCGCACGUCUUGAAUCUCUUGACCGCUCACGAACGAUUCCUGAGCGAGGACAUCCAAUUCCUCCUCGACUCGAACGGCUUCGACCACAUCGACGCAGUCAACGAAUUCACCUCCCUGCUACUCCCGCCCCUCGCAUCUCGCCUGCGACACCAUCUCCCUCAGCUUCUCACGAUGCCACCGAUCCUCGCUCAUACGGUCUACCAAGUCGUCGAGUUUGAUCAGCAGUUGCGGUCUCGAGGAUACCGCCCGAGGACUUGGCCGACGGUCCUGCCGGAGGGGGAGGAACCGGAAGAGGAGGAACGCGAGUGGGAAGGCCUGAGCGAGACGAUUCUGGGUCGGCAGGAGUGGUUCGAGCGGUGGCUCGACGGCGAGCGAAUGUUCUUCAACCAGCGCUACUUCAAAGUGAUCGGCGCGUCGGAUGCGUGGCACAUCGUGUCAGAGGAAGACUACGACGCGGAUGCUGGUGGUAGCGGUACAAGGCCGACCAAUUCGGCUCUCAGGGUGAAGGAGCUUGCCGAGCAGCUUGCCGACCGAUACCGCCCAAUUCCCCUGCGGCAUACCCUUCCGUUCCUCCUCACCCUUCACCUCCCUCUCCUCCAGUCUUACGCCGCACGCAUCACUUCGUCGCUCGACGCUUUCGAAUCCCUCUCCUUCGGCAUCCUGCCGGGCGCGCUCGGUCAGACAACCGCGGCUACUGCAGGCGUAGGCGGCGUUGUCAGGCUCGUCCGUGCCGGUGUGAGCGCGAGGUGGAUGAGCGAGAAGUGCGCAGAAUGGGGCGAGGAUGCGUUCUUCCUCACGCUCUACGACUACCUCUCCUCUUCCGUCUCGACUCCGGGCAAGCUCGACCGCACCCUGCAAGACGCAGCCGACGACGUUCUCGACAACAGCGAAGGGACCGUCUUCGAUCGCGAGCACAAGGUCUUCGAGAAUUUGGCGGAUCGGAGCGAGGAGCUCAUCGUCAGGCAUUGCGCUCGCGAGGUCUCGAACGAACUCAAGCCGUACUACCUCAAGCGCUGGGAAGAGAUUGCCGAAGAAGACGCGACGGAACGCUCGCUCUCACCCGAACUCAUCGCGCCGCUCUCGCUCCUCUCUUCGCUCUUGUCGACUCUCGUCCAAUCCUUCCCGCCCGCGACGCGCACGUCUCUCUAUCGUCGAAUCGCCGCCCUCGUCUCGCAGUCCCUCUAUGACCGCCUCCUCGUCUCGCAUGGCUGGACCGAAUCGAGCGCCCAGCAGCUCCAGUACGACCUCGAGAACGGGUUUCUCGUCGCUGCAAAGGAGGCAGGUCUGCCUCAGCGUGGCAUCAUGCGCGGAUGGGAGGUCGCGCGCGGCGGAGCGACGGUCCUCGCCCUCCCGUCCCAGGCGUCGCAGCAAGGCGGCUACGUCCCCGGCGGCGACUGGACCUUCUCGCGCGUCAUGCAGGUCGCAUUCGACGACUCGGUUACGGAGGAGGAGGGCGGCAAGUUUGCGGAGAUGAUGGACGACCUGGGAGUUGGCGAGGCACUCACGAAGAGCGAGGUGCAGUCGUUGCUCCGGCGCCGGCCCGAGUGUUGGAGGUAG